UUGGACGAUGGCACUCGAAUGAUCUCUUCGGAAUUCAGCAGCAGUACAGAAGUGAUGCAGAUUGACUGUAUAAGACCGCACGAGCCCUUCCUCAGCCUCCUUUACCCAUCACACAUAACCUGCAUGAGUACUGUGUGAUAAUCGCGCCUGUGGAGACGUGAAGAAGAAAAUCUUGGAGUUUUGAGUGAUGGGCGGUGGAGGUCAGCAGACGGACCGGGCCUCCGGUACCGAGCACAGGUUCGGCACUUACACCUGGGAAGAAGUUCAGAAACACACGAAGCGCGGAGAUCAAUGGAUCGUGGUGGAUAGGAAGGUUUAUAAUGUGAGUCAAUGGGUGAAGAGACAUCCUGGAGGACUGAGGAUUAUUGGACAUUAUGCUGGAGAAGAUGCGACGGAGGCAUUUACAGCGUUUCACCCAGACCUCAAAAUGGUGAGGAAAUAUAUGAAACCGCUGUUAAUCGGCGAGCUGGAGGCGUCUGAACCCAGUCAAGAUGGACAGAAGAACGCUGCUCUUGUUGAAGAUUUUCGGGCCUUGCGUGAGCGUUUGGAAGCUGAGGGUUGCUUUAAAACUCAGCCGCUGUUCUUCAUCUUACAUCUGGGUCACAUUCUGCUUUUGGAGGCCAUUGCUCUGCUUAUGUUGUGGUACUUCGGGACCGGCUGGAUCAACACGGCAUUGAUUGCUGUCUUACUGAGUACAGCACAGUCUCAGGCUGGUUGGCUGCAGCAUGACUUUGGUCAUCUGUCCGUGUUUAAAAAAUCAAAAUGGGAUCACUUAUUGCACAAGUUUAUCAUCGGACAGUUGAAGGGCGCGUCUGCCUGCUGGUGGAAUCAUCGUCACUUCCAGCAUCACGCUAAACCAAACAUAUUCAAGAAAGAUCCAGACGUUAACAUGCUGAACGCAUUUGUGGUGGGAAAUGUUCAGCCUGUGGAGUACGGGAUUAAAAAGAUCAAACAUCUGCCCUACAAUUAUCAGCACAAGUAUUUCUUCUUCAUUGGACCGCCUCUGCUCAUCCCAGUGUAUUUUCAGUUCCAGAUUAUUCACAACAUGAUCUCGCAUGGUCUUUGGGUGGACCUUCUUUGGUGUAUAAGUUACUACAUUCGAUACCUCUUGUGUUACUCACAGUUCUACGGUCUGUUUGGAGCCGUGUUGCUGUUUAAUGUCGUGAGGAUCAUAGAGAGUCAUUGGUUUGUCUGGGUGACCCAGAUGAGUCACAUCCCUAUGGACAUCGACUAUGAGAAAAAUCACGACUGGUUCAACAUGCAGCUGGAUGCAACCUGUAACAUUGAGCCGUCCUUCUUCAAUGAUUGGUUCAGUGGACACCUCAACUUUCAGAUCGAGCACCAUCUUUUCCCCACAAUGCCCAGACACAACUACUGGCGUGCCGCCCCUCACGUCCGGGCUUUAUGUGACAAAUACGGAGUAACGUACAUCGAGAAGAGCUUGUCCAGGGCCCUUGCAGAUGUUGUGAAGUCUUUGGAAAAAUCUGGAGAACUUUGGCUGGACGCUUACCUCAACAAAUAACUCAAGAUUUACAUCAUAAACAUUUCCUUUUCAUUUAAACUUUAUCAAACAAUCAGAACGAGCGAUUUAGAUCCAUUUGAAUGGACUGACUGAAAAAAGUCUUACUAAACAUUUAGUCAAUCAAGUUCCCUUGAAUGAUGUUAAGCACUUUCCUUUUUGAUAUUGUGUUUUGUGGGAUUGCUAUGUAAUUUUGGCACUUUGAAUGUGAAUAAAGGUGGUCUUGAAAGUCCAUGUACGUGCAGGUAAAUGUGAUCGGUGGUUUAUGCGAGAGACACAGAAUUUUGUGAGGCACAAUCUUUAGCGCUAAUAUUUUUAUUUCUCAAAUUUACAAUACAAUGAUUUAUUUUUUAUAAAUAACAUUUGGACAAAAACUACUGUAGCAGAGGGUAAUACUAAGAGGCUUAAUGUGACUACUAAUUUGCAUUGGAAAAGAAUUGACUUAACUGAUUAAACCUAACCUGUGCAUUCACACUAAA